CAUCAGAACACGAUUUUUGUCUGAGUCAACCUCAAAUUUGACCGCGAAGUCCAUUUACCAACACGUUGGUAUCACCCCGCCGGCCGCGGCAGCUACGGUCCAUGAGCCAUCAAAAAUGGAAGAGCUUCUUAUUAAACCUUCCGGUCUCUUCUGGCAGAACGAUUUUAUCACUGCGGAGCAUGAAGAGAAGCUAAUCCACAUUUUCCGGCACGAGCUCACGUGGCCGGAUCGCGCCGGCCGACUGUCGUUGCACUAUGGCUACACCUUCGACUACAAGACGUUCGGCGUAGAUCCGGACAUCCCAUUCACACCGUUUCCGGAUUGGCUUGUUCCUUUAAUUCCCACAGGGGAGAGCAGGCCGCCGGACCAGGUCUGCCUCCAGUACUAUCCUCCUGGAGCCGGUAUACCGCCACACGUCGACACGCAUUCAGCAUAUGACCAGUUGUACGCGCUGUCUUUGGGAUCGCCGGUACUGAUGCAGUUCAUGCGACCUGCGGCAAAUGAGAGCGAGGAAGGAGACAUGGCGGAGGUUGACCUCACGCCGAGGAGCAUGCUGCAAAUGUCGGGUGACGCGAGGCUGCAUUGGAAGCACGGGAUCAGAAAACGCAAGACAGAUACUCUGCCAGACGGUACGGUGCGUAGGAGGAGUGAUCGAUGGAGUAUCACUUAUCGAUGGAUUAGAGAGCCGGCGAUUUGCGAAUGUGCCGACAUGAAGUUGUGCGAUACGGCGCAAAGAAGAUUAGGGAUCGAGAAGGAAUACCGGUGGAAAAAGGAUGACGGGGAUGAUACGACCGAAAGAGCAGAUCAGACAGCUGAGAAAACAAAGGAAUGAUCUUCCAAUGUCUUCCGUUUCGUGACGUCUGGGAUUAUACCAGUCAGGUGGCAAGAAGGAACCCUCACGCAUCGUGCUCGCUCCGAUAAGGAGCAUCCCGAACCUUGGUAUCGUCCCGAGAAUAGAAUCCCUACUUCACCC